AUGACCCGAUGGGCUCGGCGAAACGGCCCUCCCGGGGCAAAGGCGCUGGCUGCGACACCCUGGGAGGAGAUGGUGAACGGCCCCCAGGGGCAGGAGGGCCCUUCAGGCCCCCUCUCCCUGAAGAAGGAGCAACAGAAGAGGAAAAAGAAGAACAACAAAAAAAAGGACUAUCUGAAUGAAGACGUUAACGGGUUUGCAGCGUACCUGAAGCAAAGCUUGCGGAAUGGCGAAGUGACCGAAGCAGACAGUAUCGAGCUGGAGAAGGAGGUAGCGUUAGCCUUGAAGAAGGACAAGCGGCGGGAGGAUAGGAGGCUGAAGAGAAAAGAAAGGAAGAAAAAUACUAUGGUAUGUUUCCACUGUAGAGAACCUGGCCAUGGUGUUGCUGAUUGUCCUGCAGUACUUGAAAGUGAAGAUAUGGGUACAGGAAUCUGUUACCGGUGUGGAUCCACAGAACAUGACAUCAGCAAAUGCAGAGCAAAAGUAGAUCCAGCUGUUGGGGCAUUUCCAUAUGCAAAGUGUUUCAUCUGUGGUGAGAUGGGGCAUCUCUCAAGGUCGUGUCCAGACAAUCCCAAGGGAUUGUAUGCUGAAGGUGGUGGCUGCAAACUCUGUGGCUCUGUGGAACACUUCAAAAAAGAUUGUCCAGAGAAACAGAACGCAGAUCAGGUUACGGUCGCGCGCUGGGCCUUUGGAAUGAGUGGAGAUUAUGAAGAAGUUACAGAAGCACCAAAACUGCAAAAGCCAAAAGGGAAAGUGGCCAAAGUUGUUACUUUUUGAACGCCACUUGGGUCUAAACCACAGUUACACUGCACUGCUUCACUCCAGAAUAGGCAGAGUGGAUUGCUGGUUCCAGGACACCCAGCAGACUCCUGCUGCUAAAAUACCUUUUUUCGUUCUACUUCAUUUUUCCAGUUCGCAUCCCAGGCUCACCUAGCUCACGGAAAAGCUGGGAACAGAAAUACAGCAAGUGUGUCUCUGCCGAAAGGAAACCGGUCAAAAAUCUUCAGUUUCUAUCUUUUGGUGAGCUGCAAGUAAACUUUGUCUUAUAUGUGCUUGCUUAGUGGCAAAUUUAUUUAUUUUCAAAUGGAAAAAAAGAUAAGAAACCAGCUCAUGAACAGAGUUCCUGCUGCAGCUCUUCAGAUGCUGUAGUAACUCAGCCUCUGCAGCCAGUGUUGGUGGGCUGUUACACCUGAGAUGAUCAAGGAAGCUUAAUGUUCCUAGAGCAGUGCACCUUGAGCCCAUC